GCAGACAGCAGGAAGAGUUUAGGAUUAACUUGAGAAUUAGCAAAGUCAGAAAGCUUAAUAAGUACAGCAUGGGCCAAAGAACCAGCUAUGCCACUGGGAGCUGUAAUAGUUCAGCUCCUCAUUGGAUCAUCACCAGGGGAAAGAAAGUAGAGCCUGGGUUUAAAGACGUAUUUCUAAUCCACCCCACAUUCCCUUUCCCUGGCCAAUGUUAGAAGAAUUUUCUAAGAAAACACCGGGCAAGACUACCGCCAAACUUCUAUCCAGCAGCCAUUCCUGUUCCCACCCUUCUCAUCCCUUUACAACUCCCCACCACCGUCAUUUUCCCAAUUUUGCCGCUAUACCUUCCAGCUCCAAUUUCAGACUUCCUUUCCUGCCCCUGACAUUUGGCUUGCCUUGGCAAUCUCCUUCCUCCCAUCCAUCAAGGAAAGAAAAAGGCUUCCUUAGUUGAAUUAGAGCUGAAUUUAUGAGGUUCCAGCAAGUCUGUGAGAAAAUGUGUGAAUUCCAGUUGUAUGAGUGUCAUCCAAGACAGCAGUGGAGAACCAGACACCUUGAAGUGGUACUUUCCCUUUGUCACAACAAGUGCUGUGCACCUGUCUCCUGCCUGAGGCGGUGACAGGAUUUGUUGAAGGGACUCUGGGCUAUGGCACUCAGGAGAGCAGGAAGGACAUGGGAGAUAUUAGGGAUCAUCAUGAGCUCUCCAAAGGCAGGGCACUGUGAAACCAAGCACCAACCCCGCCCAGAUGCUUAUCAGACUUGCAGUGACAUCUACAAUCUUCCUGACAUUCUUUGCAAAAGACAAAUAGGCAAUAAUUUCCUUAGUUUCAACAGGUGUAGUCAAAUUGCUGCUUACAGCAUGAUACCAACCCAUUUGUGUCUUUGAUUAGUCAUCCACCGAGGCAAACUAUAUUUAAAUUAAGGAAAUCUGCUAGAAUAGAAGGUGCCCCACCUUCUUAAGAAGUUUCAUUUGACUGGUCUUCAUUUCUUGGCUGGUAACUUCCUCUUUUCACCACACCUACUGUUACUGGCAGAAAAAAAAGCAAGCAAACUGCUGUCAGAGCCAGCAGACACAUGCCAGAGAAAUUGUGGGAUCCUUCAAAUCUCUUACCUGUAGAAGUUCCAUGUGGAAGUCCAUAUGCUGAGGCUGUGUGUUGUGUUCAUCUACCUUUUGUAUGGGGUGAAAACAGAUCCUCAGGAGAUAUGUCCUGCAUUCACAGCCCUUGGCUUCGGGAAUGCUUUGAUAGGGACAGAGCUGAAAGUGAAGCUGCUGCUCCACACCCGGCAGAACCCAACCUGUGCCGAGGAGCUCCACUCAACAGCCUCCAAGUACCUUGAUGUGACCAAGAAAACAACCUUCAUCAUCCACGGGUACCGACUCACAGGUUCUGCCCCGGUCUGGAUCCCUGACCUGGUGCAUCUCCUGCUUUCUGUAGAGGACAUGAACAUCAUCGUUGUGGACUGGAACCAGGGGGCAACAACUCUCAUCUACAGCUAUGCUUCCAGGAAGUGCAAAAGAGUUGCUGAGAUUCUGAAGAAACUUAUAGAUGAAAUGUUGAUUGAUGGAGCGUCCCUUGACUCCAUGCACAUGAUAGGAGUGAGUCUGGGAGCACACAUCUCCGGCUUUGUGGGACAGAUGUUUGAUGGCACGUUGGGAAGAAUCACAGGCCUUGACCCUGCGGGCCCCUUGUACAGGGGGACGGCGCCGAGCGAGAGGCUGGACCCCACGGACGCGCAGUUUGUGGAUGUCAUUCACUCCGACACCGACGGACUGGGUUACGAAGAAGCACUGGGCCAUGUCGACUUCUAUCCCAACGGCGGGACUGACCAACCAGGCUGUCCACUGACAAUAUUUUCUGGAUUGCAGUAUUUUAAAUGUGACCACCAGAGGUCUGUUUUCCUGUUCCUGUCCUCCCUGACACAGAGCUGCAAUAUCACCACAUACCCAUGCAACUCAUACAGGAAUUACAGGAAUGGCAAAUGCACCAGCUGCGAACCCUUCUGGCCCAUGCCAUGCCCUAUCCUAGGUUAUUAUGCCCAUGAGUGGAAAAGCUAUUUAACACAACAGAGCCAUCCAGUGACAAGUAUGUUUUUCGACACAGCGGACAAAGAGCCAUUUUGCAUCUAUCACUACUUGGUGGAUGUUAUCACAUGGAACAAAGAUACCAGGAGAGGCACCUUCAGCGUCAUGCUAGCUGAUGAAGCUGGGAGGAAGGCAGAAUCAAAAGUUAAUCCAGAAGCUGCCACCUUCCAGCAGUACAAACAAAUCACUUUGCUCAUUGGGUUUGACCAGGAUCUUGAAAAUGUGGAAAGAAUUUCCUUGACAUUUUCCACGGGAUCUAUCAUUGGCCCAAAAUUCAAACUCAGGAUUCUCCAAAUGAGGUUCCGCCCACUGACAAACCCAGAAAGACCCCAGUUGUGCCGAUACGACCUGGUCCUGACUGAGAACAUCCAGAAAACCUUCAAGCCCAUCCCAUGCUGAAGCAGGAUGUCCCGAGGAGGCUGUGCCUGGACAGACAUUUCACCACCGGGUGGGGCCUCACCUGGGGGCCCCGGGCACCUUCUGAGGGCACGGAGCAGCGGGACCCGCUCUCCACGCACAGUGUAUACUCGGGCUGGGGGAGCGACAAUAAACCAUGGUGGCACAUG